AUUUCCAAAUCAAUCCUCCCCCAAACCCAAAGACUCAAACUUUCUCACUCAAAGGUCUCAAUCUCUCAGUCUCUCUCUCUCUCAACCCGACCCGAACAUGGCUCCAUUUCCAAAACCCCAUCCGGGUCUAAUCCCAAUCCUCCUCCUCCUCCUCCUCCUCUCCACCGCCGCAAGCCCCUCUCUUUCUCUCUCCUCCGACUCCUCCGCCUCGGUCUUCGAGCUCUUACCCAAAUAUGGGCUCCCCAGUGGGCUCCUACCCGCCUCGGUUUCCAACUACACGUUGUCCGCCGACGACGGCCGAUUCGUCGUCGUUUUGGAGAAGCCGUGCUAUAUUCAGUUCGAGUACUUGGUGUACUACGAGACCCGCAUCACCGGAAAACUGAGCUACGGCGCGAUCACGGAGCUGAAGGGUAUUCAGGUCCAAAGAUUGUUCUUUUGGUUCGACGUCGAUGAGAUCAGGGUCGAUUUGCCGCCGUCCGAUAGUAUUUACUUCACCGUUGGGAUCAUCAACAAGAAGCUCGAUGUCGAUCAGUUCCAGAGCGUUCAUUCUUGCCGCGACGGGCUUUCGGGUUCGGGUUCGGGUUCUUGCCUCGGGUCGUUGAAACGGGUCCUUCAGCUUCCAUCUCCACUGGAAGAAGAGAUAAAGAUGCUACUUACUGAGUAGCUGACACCAUCAAGUGCUUACGGUGUUCGUAGUGGUUGAGCCUCAGAAACCUACAAAGUCCUACUCGACACUUUUAGAUUCAGAAGCCUAGACUCACAAGCCGUUGAGUUUGGUUGUAGUAAAAUCAAGUGUAAUAUACCCUACUGGACAUGUUUCAUAGUUAUUUUCCCACAUGGGUAUUAUUACUAGUGUUACUGGUUGCAAUUGUGUAGUUUGUAUCGAAAGUAUUAUCAUAUAUGAAGGACUUAAUCUUGUAUAUUAA